CAGCAGGGGACGAGGGGAGAAAGCCAGAGCUGCUGGGAGCCAACUGGCUGGAGCUGCUGCUGGGAUCACCAAGAGUGCUCUGGUUGUGGCUGACUCCUUCAGCACCAGAAAAGGUAAAUUAUCACAAUGAAGGUGGCAGUUCUGUGUUUAUGCCUUAUCAGCAUCACUUCUGCAUGGCCUGGGAUUCAAUCCAAGCAGCAUGCCACUUCUGCCAGUUCUGAGGAAAAAUAUGACUCCAGGGGCCAUCACUUGCACAGAUAUUAUCACAAUGACCACGUGAAUUCUCAGUCUCAGGAGAGUCAGCAGCACCUGCAGAGUGACCUGGCAUCAUCUCAGCAGACCCUUUACUCUUCAGAAGAAAGCGUGGAUGUCCCAGAACAGCUGCACUUUCCUGAUGUGUCAAGCAAGAGCCAUGAAGAUGUGGAUGAUGACGAUGACGACGAUGACAAUGAUUCCAAUGACACGGAUGAAUCCGAGGAGGUUGUCACGAGUUUUCCCACUGACAUUCCAGUAACUGAACCAUUCCCCACUUUCCCUUUCACCCAGAGAGACAAUGCUGGCAGAGGUGACAGUGUGGCCUACAGGAUGAGGGCAAAAGCCGCACUGCUGAGGGCAAAAGCUGCACUGCUGAAGUCUGUCAAAUUCCACAAAGCUAACAAAAAGCUCAUCUUUGAUGCCACUGAGGAAGAUGAGAGCGACAUGGAUGCAGACAGCCAGCGCUCUGUCUCCCGGGAGGAUUCUGCUUCCCGCAGCUCCCUGAGGAAGCACGCCAGCAGCGCGCUGUGGUCUGACCAGAGCCACGAGCAGGACAGCGAUCUGCGUGACCGGAGCUUGGAGAACGACAGCCGGCACAAAUCCGACAGCCACGAGUCAGAAGGCGACAGUAGCAAGUCUGCUGUCAGGGGGGACAGCCUCUCGAGUGUGGAGAGCAGGGAGAGCCGGGACAGCCAGCCGAGUGUGGAGAGCAGGGAGAGCCGGGACAGCCAGCCGAGUGUGGAGAGCAGGGAGAGCCGGGACCGCGUCUCAGCUGAGCUCUCUGACGAUAUCAGCAACCAAACCCUGGAAAGUGCCGAGGAUUCUCAGGAUCGUCGCAGCAUCGAAAGUAACGAAGUCACCAUUUAGAGGGAGACAAAAAUAGUAUUUCCCUUCUUUUUCAAUCCCCACCCGAGGGAAGCGGGGAUUAGCUUCAUUUCGGGGAGCUGUUUGUUAAUGUAGUCCGCGUGGUGACUUUCGGGGUUCUGGGCGGCCCGUGGCCCCUGGGCUGUGGGACACGGCGAGCGUCGCCCCUCGGGCGCGCUGCUCCCUGCGCUGCCGGGCGGUGUUUGCUGUAACGGGAAUGAAAUAAAACAAAACCUCAACCCC